UUGGGCUGAUCUCAUCUUAAGACGUAAGCACUUUCUCUUCUGCGUAUAAGAGGGACAGGGGCACUGGGAAGAAAGCAGAAAGCUCCAGACACUCAGAGCACACACUCACAUAGACACACACACACACGUCUGACAUUGAGAAGAAUAGACUCAGUAGUUGAAUAAUUUCAAACAAUCACUCAGUUGGAAACUUUUGGAAUGAAUAAGAACAUGAUGUGCCUGGUCUUGCUUGGAAGCUUGAUCUUUGUCUGCAAUGGAGGUGUUACAGCAGAUCCCUGCUGCUCACAGCCCUGUCAGAACAGGGGUAUAUGUGUAUCUAAAGGUUUAGAUGCCUACGAGUGUGACUGCACCAGGACUGGAUACUACGGAGAGAACUGCACCACACCGGAACUUUCCACGUGGAUCAAGUCCAUUCUGAAGCCAGGGCCAAAUACAGUACACUACCUGCUGACUCACUUUAAAUGGAUAUGGGACAUCAUUAAUAACGUCUCAUUUCUGAGGAACGCCUUGAUGCGCUACGUCCUCACAUCGAGGUCAUAUUUGGUGGACAGUCCACCAACGUAUAAUGCUGAUUAUAACUACAAAAGUUGGGAGGCGUACUCCAACACAUCCUACUACACUCGUACACUGCCCCCAUUGCCCAAACACUGUCCAUCAACGGGCAACACAGCUCUUCCUGAUGUCAAGCAGGUGGUGGAAAAAGUCCUCCUGAGACAGAAGUUCAUCCCUGACCCACAGGGCACGAACCUGAUGUUUGCAUUCUUCGCCCAACAUUUCACCCACCAGUUCUUCAAGUCUGAUUUUAAGAAAGGACCAGCCUUCACCAAAGCCCCGGGCCAUGGAGUGGAUUUAAGUCACAUCUAUGGAGGUAGUCUGGAGAGACAGCAUAAACUGAGACUUUUCAAAGAUGGAAAGCUAAAAUAUCAGGUGGUGGAUGGUGAGGUGUACCCUCCUCUGGUUAAAGACGUUCAGGUUGAGAUGCACUACCCACCCCACAUUCCUGCGGAGUUCCAAUUUGCAGUGGGCCAUGAGGUGUUCGGCCUGGUCCCUGGCCUCAUGAUGUAUGCCACUAUCUGGCUCAGAGAACACAACCGUGUGUGUGACAUCCUGAAACAGGAGCAUCCCGACUGGGACGAUGAGCGUCUUUUCCAAACAACACGCCUUAUACUGAUUGGUGAGACCAUCAGAAUCGUGAUUGAGGACUAUGUUCAGCACCUGAGCGGCUACCACCUCAAACUUAAGUUCGACCCUGAGCUCCUCUUCAGCGAGAGGUUCCAGUAUCAGAACCGCAUCGCAUCUGAGUUCAACACGCUGUACCACUGGCACCCGCUGAUGCCUGACACAAUUCAAAUCCAGCACCAGGUCUAUUCACACUCCCAGUUUCUCUUCAACACCUCCAUAGUGACACAGCACGGAAUCAGCAAACUGGUGGAGUCUUUCAGCAAGCAACAGGCUGGCAGGAUCUCUGGUGGAAGGAAUCUGCCUGCUGUAGUGCAAGUAAUGGCUACCAAAAUCCUGGAGCACAGCAGAGAGAUGCGUUAUCAGUCUUUAAAUGCUUACAGGAAGCAUUUCAACAUGCAGCCAUACAGUUCCUUCGAAGAACUGACAGGAGAUAAAGAGCUCGCAGCAGAUCUGAAGAGCCUGUAUGGAGAUGUGAACUCUGUGGAACUCUACACCGGCCUUCUGGUGGAGAAACCAAGGCACAAUGCUGUGUUCGGAGAGACCAUGGUUGAGAUGGGCGCCCCCUAUUCCCUCAAAGGGCUUAUGGGAAAUCCUAUCUGCUCCCCUGAGUACUGGAUGCCCAGCACGUUCGGUGGCAAAGUGGGAUUCGAAAUCGUAAACACAGCCUCUCUGAAGAAGCUUGUCUGCCUCAAUGUUAAAGGACCAUGCCCGAUUGUGUCCUUCAAAGUACCUGAGGACAAACUGAACAAUUUAGCAAACAUUAACUUGAAUUCAACUCCUUCUGGCAAGGGUGACAUCAAUCCCACUGUCUUACUGAAAGAACGGACUUCAGAGCUUUAAAAAUGACAAUGUGCACCACUGUAUUUCAGAAAAAAUUUCAGUAUUUUUAAAUGUUUUUUUUAAUCAGUUGUUAUUUAUGAUAUUAUUUAUUUAAAUAUUUAUUUAUUUAUUUGUUGUAGCUCGAAUGUAAAAUAUUUUUAUUAUACAAAAAAAGUACAAAAUACCAUGUGUUUUUUAGAAAUUAUUGCUUAAAUGACUGUAUUCUUGUU